CCCAUGGACUGAACUAGGGCUCCAGGGACCAUCCUAAAAAGCCAAGUCCACCUUUGACCAUAUGGCCAGUUAAGUCUCCUCACACUGAUGUUUUAAUGAUCCAAAUGAGCGUUUCACUGGUAUCACUAUUGAUUCAGUGACACACAAACACAUCAGCAACAGGAACAGAGCGAGAGAGAGAGAGAGCGAUGCUGAUGCUGAUGCUGUGACCUUCGCGGCUGCGCUUUCAGCAGUGCGCGCUGGGAGAAAUGGAGGAUGCGUCCUUCGGGAAUCUUUCAUCGACCAUGUUUAUUUUUCUAAAACGGGAUCAAAUAUUAAAAAAAGAAAGAAAACAGGAUGAUAAACUGCUCACACACUGACUGACUUUGGACGUAAAUAAGCUCAGUGAUCAUGAUGGGAUUGGACUGAGUCUCUUACCUUUUAGAGAGCACACAAGCACUGAGCCUCCAGUGUGAGGUGGAGCGGCAGCAACAGCUUGAGCUCAGGCGUUUGUACCGGUCUCUCCUGGGUGCACUACCCUCUCUGACCGUGUGCCCUACUGCAGAGGCAGUGCGUCCUACAGCUUUCACCGCACCGACCCUCCGCACUCUAGGGUCAUCAUGGGGGAGGUGGCCCUGAUGCAGUUCUCCACGGUGGAUUACGUCAUCUUCGCCGUGCUGCUGGUGGCCUCGGCUGGCAUCGGCCUCUUCUAUGCCUUCUCUGGUGGUCGCCAACGCACAACACAGGAGUUCCUGAUGGCUGACCGCUCCAUGAGCUGCCUGCCUGUGUCUCUGUCUCUGCUGGCCACGUUCCAGUCGGCCGUGGCCAUCCUGGGCGCUCCAUCUGAGGUGUACACCCAUGGAACGCAGUACUGGUUCCUGGGCUGCUCCUACUUCUUGGGCCUCCUCAUCCCCGCUCAUAUUUUCAUCCCAGUCUUCUACAGGCUGGGGCUGUCCAGUGCCUACGAGUAUCUGGAGCUGCGCUUUAACAAGACGGUUCGCAUAUGUGGGACUGCAACGUUCAUCUUUCAGAUGGUCAUUUACAUGGGGGUUGUCCUUUAUGCUCCAGCCUUAGCACUCAAUGCAGUGACAGGCUUUGACCUGUGGGGGGCAGUGCUUUCCAUGGGAUUAGUGUGCACUUUAUAUACAGCUCUGGGAGGCUUGAAAGCUGUGAUCUGGACAGAUGUGUUCCAGACAGUGGUGAUGUUUGUAGGCCAGCUGGCGGUCAUCGUGGUGGGGACCAUUCAGGCGGGGGGAAUCGGAGAGGUGUGGAGGAAAGCAGUCAACGGCAGUCGUAUUUCUGGACUGGACCUGAACCCAGACCCUCUGGAGCGUCACACCUUCUGGACUCUGGGCGUGGGGGGAAUCUUCCUGAUGCUGGCUCUGUACGGUGUGAACCAGGCCCAGGUCCAGAGAUAUCUCAGUUCACGCACAGAGAAGGAAGCCAUCAUAUCCUGCUAUGUUGUUUUCCCCUGCCAGCAGAUCGUCCUGUGUUUAGGUUGUCUGAUGGGUCUCGUCAUGUUUGCUCGCUACGGUGAAGACAGUCCUCUGGUCAAGGGCUAUGUCCAAAGUAAUGACCAGAUGGUGCUGUACUUUGUGAUGGACGUGUUCAGGGACCUUCCUGGUCUCCCAGGCCUGUUUGUAGCUUGUCUCUUCAGUGGAGCUCUCAGCACCAUCUCGUCAGCCUUCAACUCCCUAGCAACAGUAACUAUGGAGGACCUGAUUAAACCUCAUUUUCCCAAUAUGACUGAAGCUAAAGCCACGAUGUUAUCCAAAGGACUUGCUUUGGCCUAUGGCCUGGUGUGUCUGGCAAUGGCCUACCUCGCCUCUCUAAUGGGAUCUGUGCUGCAGGCAGCCCUCAGUAUCUUCGGCAUGGUGGGUGGCCCCCUGCUGGGCCUCUUCUGUUUAGGAUUGUUCUUCCCGUGGGCAAACCCUAUCGGUGCAGUGGUUGGUUUAGCAGCAGGUCUCAUCAUGGCCUUCUGGAUCGGCAUUGGCAGUUAUGUGAUGCGCAUGUCUGGUCCCGCUCUACCACCUCUUAACACCACUGCUCUGCCUCCGUUUGAUAACAUGACCACUACUGUUAUGACGGCACUGGUCAGCGCCACCACCUCCACGAUCACUGCCAAGCCAAGGCCGACAGGUGUGGAAGCACUUUACUCACUGUCCUACAUGUGGUACAGUGCUCAUAACUCCACAACUGUGGUGGUGGUGGGACUAAUAGUCAGCUUGCUCACAGGACCUAUGAAGGAGAAGGACCUGACUCCAGGAACAGUGUUUCCAGUCCUGGGCACGCUGCUCUUCUUCCUGCCCGAGCGCUACAAAGAGAAGCUCUGCUGCGUCACUCCUCUGGCUCGGAAGCCCAAAGAAUCCAAGAUGCAGGCGUUAAACGUGGCCAGUAAAGAAGGCAACGGAGCAUCUUACUACAAAGACGAGGCCGAGAGCGACCGAGCACAGACCGAGGACGUAGAAGCUCUGUCCCAAUACCAGCCGGCAACUCACACGGUCCAGGAGACGUCCUUAUGAUCUUUUGGGUUGUUUUUUUUUUUUUUGGUUAUGAAUAGCACGCGUACACAUCGUCAAUGUCUGUGGUUGUCAGUUUUUGUUCUUUGAGAGGAGCCACAAAGACAGGUCAUAGAUGUGAAGUGUAAUGAGUAAUUAUUAAGUGUUUGGUGUUUUACACUGACACAGUCGUUUGAAUCUUACUACAGAAAAGCCUUAUGGACACUUUAGUAUUUGUGAGUGGGAGUUUUUGUUUAUGUACCCACUUUUGUCCUCAAACAAAGAUAACUGGAAAAAAAAAGCACUAUUUUGACUGAAAAUGUGCAAAAGAGGAAGCACCUGCCUGUGCUGAGUCACAGACUCUGGGUCUGUCCACAUGUGUGCAGAUGUUGUGUGGGGGUUUGAAGUUGGAGACUGGGCAGCUUUACGUGCACAAGGAGCUGGAGAAAAACAUUCAGGUAGUCAUGAGUUGUUAAAAAAAUGAUUCUUUUUAUUUUUGUAGAGAAGAUAGAGCCAUGAAAUCUAAGGAUAUAUUAUGAAGAGAAGGACAGAGUUUCAUGUCUGUGUCACUGUGAUGGUGUAGUGUCUUUAUACGGCCUUGGUUUAAUACUUAGAAUCGCCUUUUUGCUGCUGCUCCAGCCGUCCAGUGAUCGGGAGCCACGCAAACCAAGUGUUUGUGUGUGUUGAGAUGAGCAAACGUGAUGUUUCAGUGUUUGCAGUACACUAAAAUCAUGGGUCUCUUUAUAGCCAGUAUUGACGAGAGGAGGAAUUACACUGAAUUACACAGAAUUACACUGAAUUACACUAAAUUACACUAAAUCCAGUGGAUCUGUUGAAACGUAAUACAUGAUGUAUAUUUGUGUCUCCCUCCUCUGAGGCUAACUCCACCCAAUGCCUGAAAAAUGCCAAGAAGUGGGCAGAGAGCUGAGGGGGGGGGAGCAGUGCAGGAGGCGUGGCCUUGUAGUGGUUCCUGACACUGAGUUGCAGCCUCUAAAUCGUCUAAAUCUGACCGAAUAUUCAUGUGAGCAUCAGAUAUCGAUUCAUCUGUCGAUUGCUUGAUAAAUCAGUGGUUUGCUCCGCAACGUGGCAGAAUUUUAUUUAUUUUUAUUUUUUAAAUGAAGAUCAGUGUUUGAUAAACCUCAAAAAUAAUGAUGCUCUCAAAUGUCUUUAUGUCCACAAACCAAAGUGAAUCAGACUUAAUUAUUUCUUUAUUUGGCGCAAAGAAACCAGGGAACAGUUGAUUUAAUAGAUAGUUGAUAAUUAAUGAAUCGUUUGUUCAUAGUCAUGAACUUACUGCUUCAUGUGUCUGUAGAAAUAUCGACUUAAGCAGCUGUCACUUUCAUAACAUACUAACCUUUAGAUAAAUGGUUAACAUUGCACUUCCUGUGACAACUUCAAAAUAAAAGUGCUUUUAUUUAUUAGUAAUGGAAUACGCUCCACGGCGCUCUGCACAUACUGAGAGUCAUCUUCUGUUUAGUGUGAUCCGUCACUGGUCCUGAUGCUGCUUUUAUUCAGUUUUGGUGGUGGUAUGUUUGUUUGUUGCUGGUCUGGGGGUCAGAUCUGACCCUGGGGUCAUAGGUCACCCCUGUGUGCUGUAGAGCUUCCAGCACGUGUAUCAUGUCUACCUGACUUUACUCGUCUGUAGUGACGUAGUCUUUGAAACACUAGUGCACGUCUGUCUCUGUUGUUUAAGGAUGUCGGCGUCAUGUGACGCAGUUCAUUUCACAUUUAGUUUUUGUGACCGUUUUUUUGUAAUCGCAGAAUUCUUGGCCAUCUCCAUUUUGGCAUUUUCACUCAUUCAUUGUUGUGUGUGUGAUCUUGACAGUGGACUCCAUGUCAAGACACCGUGUUGUGAAGUGAGUUCAUGUGUAAUGUGUUUGGAGAUGCCGCAUCUCUCUAGCCUUAUACUUUCCUUCUGUGUGUCCGAGUUGCAGUUGAAACAUUAACAGACAGUUCAGGUAACAGUGGACCUCAUUCAUUCAUUCAUUCAUUCAUUUACUUUUCCCUUUAAAACAGUGUACGGUAGCUGUGAUGUUAGGACACAGAUCACAGCGGUGCUGCAGCUGCUCAGUGGCCACACGGACAGUUGCUGUUGUCUCUCCUCUCAUUUCUCACCCAGUUUAUUGUCUUUAUCCAAAAUGGAUUAGAAAUUUAAAAAAAAUAAGAAAUCAUUUAUAUAUUUUUCUUUAAUAAUAGGAAAGUUCUUGGAAAUAAAACUUAACAUCAAAUUCAUGGAGUGUUCUAAAAGGCCAUAAUACUUUGUAAAUACAAAAUGUAAUUUAUUUUUUUAUCAUUUGACACGUAGUAUUAUUCAAAUUUAAAUUUGAUAACACAAGUGACUCAUGUCUAUCGUCAAAUCUUCUCAUAUUCUUGAAUGUUAUAGCUGCAAUGAAACAUUAUUCUCUUCAUCAAUGAAUCUGUUAUUUUCACAAUUAAUUGAUCAGUCAAAUGUCUACAAAGCAACGAUAUUUAAUUUACUGCCAUGUUCACAUGAACAAAGUUGAAACCACAGAACUCCAUAGAGUUAAGUUUAAUUGAAUAUUAAAGUAUUAAUCCAUUAGUUAAUGAAUUUUUCCAAUAUUUGAUGGGAUUUUUCGUUGAAUCUUCUAAAUCCUAGCGCAUGAGAGCUAGUAAACGUAAUGCAGGAUUUACAGCAUGUUGAGCUGAGACGAGCAUCAAAAGGACUGAGUUUUUCUUUUGCCUUAAUCAUUUUUUUACUUAUCUAUUCAUGCAUAUAUCUGUAGAUACUGGUCCGUCCUCCUGGAGUUUGCACUCGCACAGCUCUUGUAGAUCCUCUGACAGAUCUUUUGUUAUUAUGUAAUGAGUAAAGGGUUAAUACAGAACUGGGAGUGAUGAUGAUGAUGAUGAUGAAGGAAGCUGUGGAAACUGAGCAGGCAAAGCACCACUGUAGUUUUCAUUGGUCAACAGCAGGGGGAGACAACACAUCAUGUCAGUGACCAUUUUGUAUUAUAGUUUAAUCCAAUUAUGAAUCGUCACAUAAACACUUUUUAUAAAAAGAAUAAAUCGUUAGUUCUUCACCCAACAAAUCCCAGAGAAGAAAACACUAUAUAUUGAUCGGUGUAUUUUACAGAGAUUAUAGAGAUUUAUUUUACAGAGUUUUAUCAUGAGAGCACUUGUUGAAUGAGGUCCACUCUUUUUACAGAAACCCCAGUUGAGCACAGUCCCAUUACAGACACUUAGAAAUACCUCAGUGUAUCCCAAAGCAUAUAGAAAUAUGAAUUUCUUUAUUUUUAAACCAACAGGUUUUGUAUUUAAGAUCUCAUUUGUAUAUUUUUGUAACUUCACACAAAGCCUGCAGACAUUUCCUAAGACUGAAAUGUUGAAUUCUAUAUGCAAGAGCCGUGAAAUGUUUGUUUUGAUGGUGAAUGUCGGGGAGAAUUGGGAAUGUAACGGUCGAACUGCAGCAACCGUAUACAGCGCGUGUACAUUCAGGGGCGGAGCCACCACUUAUGACGUCACACAUCAGAGUCAGAAUUCCUCAUUUGAAGCCUUAAAAAUUAUCAUCUCUUUUCAUAAUUUACAAAAUGAACACUGUGUUGCAUUGAAGAAAACCCAUAACUCGUGUUUAAGACAAUGAACUCAGAAAAAUGUAAAGUAUAAAUCAAAUGAGAAGUAAACGUAAAAUCUUCUUUAUUCAAUGUAUACUUACUAGGGUUGCAAUGGGCAGUACAUUUCCAGAAACUUUCCAUGGGAACUUUAUUUUGAUUCGAUUUAAAUAAUAAAUAAGUCAAUUAUGCAGUUUAAUUUGAGUAGAACCUUUGAUGUAGGGCUCCCCAAUUUUGCCUAGGACCCCCAAACUCCCUUGAAACGCCCCUGCGUAUUGUAUAUAACUGCAGUGUCUUCAUCACACAGCAGGUGUGUUUGUGCGUUACAUUCCAAAUUCUAACUCAAAAAUUCACAUUUAUUCAAAAAAACAUUCAAUGGUUCCGAGUUUGUCCUUUUGGUUUUCUUACAGUUUUUUAAAUUCCAUGGUUGUGAUUAUUAUUUUCUACUUAUGAUUGCAUCAUGUGGAAUUCUCCUUCAUACCUGAAAUUACUUGAAGUGUGAGCGUGAGAUGUCAACAACAACAAUAAUAAUAAUAAUAAUAAUAACGCUAAGGCGCAAUCAUAAACUAGGUGAGGGUGCUGUGAUAUGAGUUGAAAAAUAAAUGCUAUAAAAGAAACAUGUUGAUUUUUAAUAUAGUCAUAUAAAGCACAAGCAGGUCAGAGUCUGACUGAAGACUCACACGUGGCCUUUCUUUCUUUUUCUUUUCUUCUUCUUCUUCUUAUUGUGCGUUGCAGACCGACUCACUGUAACAGCCGAGAGAGAAAAAGCAGGGAAACACUGUCACAGUAAUUUCCAGCAACAAUAAAUAUUGUUUCUAAUUUCCUAAACAAUAUUUAUUCUGAUUGUUUUCCACACCCACAAGAAUUCUUACUGUUUUGCAUUCCAAUAAAACAAUAACUCCAUAAGCACUGAAGCCAGGACGGCUGCUCUGCUUCGGCCUGUGCCUUCA